CACUGACCCCCGCCCUCUUCUCCUUCCUCCUUCUUCCUCCUCCUCCUCCAGUGUUUUCCUUUGACACACACAAGCUCUCUCCCUCUCCCUCCUUUUGCAGUCGCAGUCACAGCAGACGCGGGAGGAAAAUGUCGUCGGGUGUGGUCGCAGCAGGUGCUUCUUCUUCUUGCGGCGCCGCCGCCAUCGCUCGCAACAUCACUCCCCACUCCUCUCCCAAUCGUUACCAGAAGACUGCUUUUCAAGGCCUCAGUCUGCAUGAAGCCAAGAAGGGUGGUUCAUCGGCUCUCUUCGCUGUCGCGAAUAAUAAUCGCAGCUCCACUGCCAAUGUAGUGAGCAGGAAAGGGCUUGAGAUCAGCGCGAGAACCGCGGGAGCUUCCAAGACCAUCGAGGCUGAGGUGGACAAGCCUCUCGGCCUCACUCUCGGUCAAAAGUCUGGUGGUGGUGUUGUCAUCACUGCAGUGGAUCGGGGAGGGAAUGCGGCAAAAGCAGGGCUUAAAGCUGGAGACCAGGUGCUGUACACCAGCAGCUUCUUUGGUGAUGAGCUUUGGCCUGCUGAUAAGCUUGGAUUCACGAAAACCGCCAUCCAAGCAAAGCCUGAUUCCAUUUACUUUGUUGUUAGCAGAGGUGCAGAAGUAGAUGUUAAGCGGUUACCAAAGCGCCCUGCUCCUCCCCGAUUUGGGAGGAAGUUGACUGAGGCUCAAAAGGCUAGAGCCACUCACAUCUGCCUAGAUUGUGGAUACAUAUACGCCUUGCAGAAGCCGUUUGAUGAGCAGCCGGACUCAUACGGAUGCCCUCAGUGUCAAGCACCGAAGAAAAGGUUUGCCAGGUACGACGUGAACACUGGGAAAGCAAUUGGUGGCGGGUUGCCUCCAAUUGGGGUUAUCAUAGGUCUGGUGGGUGGUGUUGGUGCAGUUGGAGCUUUGCUUCUUUAUGGUCUUCAGUAAAUGGCCAUUAGCAUUGGUUACCAAAUCGAAAGCACAUUCAAUUUGUGUUAAAUAUUUUUAGAGAUUUUGUUCCCCCUUCAAGAGCUUAUCUGAGGGGGGACAUACAAGGGCAACUGUAAACCAAUGUCCAUUCGAAAGCAGUUUUCUGAUGAAGCAGUUUCAUGUCCAGGCUGAUCAAGAAGAGUAGCUUCCUGUGUACCCAGAAGUUCCGGUCAAAUCCAGCUGCCUGAAGGCAAACCAAAUGCUUUCUUUUUUU